AUGUGGCAUCCAGGACUGUGUGGGAUGGAGACGAAGCCUGAAACUUCCAGACAAUGUAGAAAAAGGAAACAGCAGAAUGAAGGAGGCACGGAGACGGAGUCUGAAGCCUUGAGACAUGGUGGAAAACUGAAACGCCAGGAUGAGGAUAGAACGGAUUGGAAGUUUGAGGAGCCCAGCAAGGCUCGGAAGAGGAUAGCUCAGGAACAGCAAGAUCUAUGGCUUCAAAGCCAACAGUCCGUCAAAGAGCAGCCACGGAAACCCCGGGAAGAGAGUCCAAAACAACUAAAGCCCCUAGAGUGGGCCAAAGGUCCACCGGAGCAGGGUGUAACUGAGAGAAAGUCUGCUGAUGGUGGUAAGGGUCGUAAGCGGCCCUAUUGUGUCAUGGAAGAAUUUGCCCAAGACCAUCAAAGGGAAAAGUACCGAAAGUUACAGCAGUGCCUUCAACACAAUAUUGACAUGAACUCUGACCCACACAGGGCUCACACAACCCUCAUGAAUACUUUGAACAUCAAAGGUUGUGGGGAAGGGCAGAGUCAUGGAUCCAGUCCAACUCAGUGUGAUCCUAAACAAUCUGUUGCCACAAGAGAAUGUCUGUCACCAGACAAAAGAGCAAAGAUGUCUACCGAGGAAUCUUCUGAUUCACAGAAGAAAGAGGGAGCAACCCUUGAAGAAAGAAGGCGACACCACUUGGAGUCUGACUUGCAAGGAACACAGGCUCAAAUCCCGCAUAGUGGCAGCAGCAGGUUACUCCCCAACAAGAUGCCCAUAUUUACAACAGAGAAAAAGUCUGUUGCAGGCCAAGGAAAGGGCAAAGGAACAGACGAAGUCCUUGAUGUUACCGAGGACAUGGAAAAAGAAAUCAAGAAGGCACUAGGUCCAGGGCCCAAAGACGAAAUUUUAAGUAGUGCAUUUAAAUUGAAAAUUACUAGAGAAGAUAUCCAGACACUAGAGACUGGUGAGUGGCUUAAUGAUGUGGUAAUGAAUUUUUACAUGAAUCUUCUGGUUCAGCGAAAUGACAGUGAAGACUACCCUGCUCUUCAUGUGUUUAGCACUUUUUUCUACACUAAGCUAAAACAUGGCGGCUACAGUGCUGUUAAAAGAUGGACUCGAGGAAUAAAUCUAUUUGAAAAGGAAAUCAUUUUAGUGCCUAUUCACCAGCAGGUACAUUGGAGUCUAAUAGAAAUCGACCUAAGGAAACGCAGUAUUAUAUAUUAUGACUCAAUGGGACACACAGGGCAGAGUAUCUGUGAAACAAUCUUCCAGUAUUUACAAAAUGAGAGCAAGACUCGAAGGAACAUGGAGCUGGACCCUUUGGAGUGGAAGCAAUACAGCAUGACGUCAGCGGAGAUUCCUCAACAGCUGAACAGGAGCGACUGUGGCGUGUUUACCUGUAAAUAUGCAGAUUACAUUUCUAGAGACCAACCUGUCACCUUUUCUCAGCAUCAUAUGCCCCUCUUUAGGAAGAGGAUGGUAUGGGAGAUCCUGCACAGUCACUUACUGUAA